UUUAUGGAUUUGCUAUUUUUGCAUAAAAGAAGCGAAUAGGAUACUCCUGAGAUUUUAGUUGGUUUAGGGGGAUUGGAUAUUUGAGUGCAUGUUAAAAAGGUUAGUUUAGGUAAAAUUAACUCGCACAAAUGAGUUUGUAGCCGUCUUUGAAGAUAACCAAGAUAUUAUGUUUUCCCGUGCAUUGAUAUUUGAAAUGUCUAUCGGUUCAUAGUUACAUUUGUCUUGUGGUAGCAUUAGGUUGAAAGUAGUGGGAAUAUGGUGGUCCUCUGCCAUCAGAGGCCAGCGAAGGAACCUCUUCCCCCCACCGAGGUGACCACCAUCUCUGCCACCCAUUACAUCUCCAUUCUCAAGCUCGCUCAUCGCUUAAAGGACGAGGUCACCAAGGAUACCUCUCUGAGGUCUCAUGUAUCUUCGAAACACUUGUAGCUCCACGAGCUCACAACAACUUAUAGACUCCAACACCACCUAUGCCGGGAGCAGGGUUUAGGUACUUUGCUCGGGACCUAAGGAGGAAUAUGGCUUGGAGGCUAGAGCAAAGGGAUUUGUCAAGGCUCACCUCGUUGAGGUGAGCUCCACCUUGACUGAGCAUAGAGAGAGGGAGGGGAGUCACCCGAUAUCUAAUAGUAGAUAUUGUGUAUGAGAAAUGAGUAGGUUAGGACUCUUAACAAAUUGGAAAGUGAGAAAGAUAAUUAGUUUAAGGAUCUGUAUUAUCAUUAUAUUUGUCACAUAUACAGAUAUUUAACGAAUCUAACUGAUCUAGGAAAAUUUGGAGAAAGUCGCUACUGCACGAGGACAUCUUUUCAUUUUGGAUAUUUUCUUCUUGGUGAUUCAUGUACAGUUCCUUCGGGAACUUCUACAGAAGAAACUAGAAUUGGCAAAGGGAGACUCACAUCAUUUUCCACUCCGUGAUUGAUGCAGCAAUAUCACCUACAUGAGACUCUUCUUGUGUGGGACUUGAAUUGUUGUGGAGAUUUUAGAUAAUAUUUCAGGAUAAGUUAGGAUUUAUGAUUACGAAUGUUGGUUUAGGCAUUACAAGAAAGCUUCUUGAAUAAUUCGUUUUAAAUUGAUCAGCUGUCAUUUACGCUAUCACUAUUUAACUGCUUUUGAUUUCUUAUCUUAUAUAUAGAGAAGCCUUUACUCAAAAACCAUGUGUUGCAUUAUGAUUUACAUUCAGCUUCUUCCUUGCCAUUGAUGUACCUAAAUCUCAGAACUGUCUAUGCAGGAGGGGUCAUAGGAUUAUUGGAAUUGCUACAGAAAUCUCACUGAUGUUCUUGAUGCCAAAAGUGGUCAUGAAAUGACUGUUGCUACAUUAUUCUUUCCUUUCUUUUUGUUAAGUUGAUCUUCAUUUUCCUGUUUCAUAAUGGAUGAUAAUUCAUUGUCAGUACACUCCCUGCCACAACAUAUCUCCCACCCAUUGUUGGUUGCAUCAAACUCAUCUACCCUAGAGAAAGCUUUAGAAAUUUUAACAGAAACUUCUAGGACCUCAGAUGGUCGCUUGGAUCUCGCUUCUAAAAAUAUCCUCCCUGCGGUCCUACUGUUGUGUCAAAAUCUGUCUUACCCUUCUUGUAGACAUCUUCUUUUGUUGUCUCUGAAGCUUUUGAGAAACCUAUGUGCGGGGGAACUAACCAAUCAGAACUCGUUUGUUGAACAUGAUGGAGUAACAAUUCUCCUGACUACAUUGCAUUCAGUGAUCACUUGUGAUUCAGAUUUUGCGAUAAUUCGUAUGGGGUUGCAAGUUCUGGCAAAUGUUUCAUUGGCUGGAGAACUACAUCAGCUUGCCAUUUGGGAUAAGUUUUUUCCACUCAUGUUCGUUCAAAUUUCUAGUAUACGGAGAAGGGAGGCUUGUGAUCCUUUGUGCAUGGUUAUUUAUACAUGUUGUGAUGGAAGUAAUGAACUUUUUGGCAAGCUUUGGGGAGAUCAAGGUUUGCCCAUCUUGGUAGAAAUUGUAUGGACUGCUUCAGCAGUUGGCUUUGGAGAAGACUGGUUGAAGUUGCUUCUAUCCAAAAUCUGCUUAGAAGAACAUCAAUUUCCUCAACUGUUCUCUAGACUGUACCCAGUUGGUGCUUCUGAAGAUGGUGACCUCAAUUUUAGGAAUGACUUAUUUGUGUCAGAACAAGCAUUCUUAUUGAGUAUAGUAUCAGAAAUCUUGAGUGAGCGAAUUGGUGAAAUAACCAUUUCUCACGAUUUUGCUAUGUUUGUUUUUGGAAUAUUGAAGCAAGUUGUGGGGGCUGUUGAUUGUGUGUCAAGUGAGCAACAUGAUCUGCCAACGGGAUCUACUAUUGUUGAUAUCCUUGGAUAUUCACUCACCAUUUUGAGAGAUUUAUGUGCUCAUGAUAGUGUAGGAGUCUCUAAGGUGGAUGGGUCUGUGGAUGUUGAUUCUUUACUAUCCUCCGGACUUUUGGAACUGCUUUUGUGUUUGCUACGUGACCUUGAACCUCCGACAACAAUUAGGAAAGCAAUGAAACAAAGUGAGGACCAAAAUGGAACGACUUCUUAUUCAUCCAAACGGUGUCCGUACAAAGGAUUUCGGAGAGAUUUAGUUGCAGUCAUAGGGAACUGUGUGUAUCGGAGGAAGCAUGUUCAAGAUGAAAUGAGAGAGAGAAACGGGAUACUUUUGCUUCUACAACAGUGUGUCAUAGAUGAAGACAACCCAUUCAUGAGGGAGUGGGGCAUUUGGGCUGUGAGGAAUUUAUUGGAAGGGAAUGCGGAAAAUCAACGGGUAGUAGCUGAUUUGGAGGUUCAGGGUUCUGUUGAUGUUCCUGAAAUUACUAGUCUUGGUCUUAAAGUAGAGGUGGAUCAGAAAACUCGGCGUGCAAAGCUUGUAAAUUUAUCAUGAAGGUUUUCCGGGCUUGUAAUUCAUCUGUGUCAGUAGUCCGGUCCGACUUAGAAAAGUGCUAAUGGUCCAAAACUAAUUUAGGAGCCUGUCGCAGAGAAUAACUUAUUCAUGGCUCCUCUCUUCCGUGAUUAUAUAAACCACUGUUGAUUUAGGAAAGGACUUCAAAGUUCAAACUCCUUUCCUAUUAGAACUCUGUCUUCUUCUUGCUCUAUAUAUGUUGAGAGGUGCAUAGCUUGGAAAGGAAUCCCCGAGCGCUGCUGUAAGUCUUCUUCUGCCUCCUCUGUCUUUUUAGCUUCUUGUUUUACGGUACGAUCAGAACUUAUUAGGGCUUGGACUUGCAAAAAUCAAUUUGAAUUUCUUUUCAAAGCUUCUAGCAUAUUUCGC